AUGGUUUGCGCCAAGUGCGAGAAGAAGCUGACGAGGGUGAUAGUUCCCGAUAAAUGGAAGGAAGGAGCUUCCAACACCUACGAAAGCGGCGGCCGGAAGAUCAACGAGAACAAGCUCCUCUCCAAGAAAAACCGAUGGACACCUUAUGGAAAUACCAAGUGCAUGGUCUGCAAGCAACAAACGCACCAGGAGGCCAAGUACUGCCACACCUGUGCCUAUACCAAAGGAGUCUGUGCAAUGUGCGGUAAGCAAGUCUUGGACACGAAGGUUUACAAACAGAGCAAUGUAUGA